AAGUUCACAUCGUCCAGGCACAUUUCGACAUAGCAAGUACGAAGAUGGCAGAGAGAACUGUUGUUGUCGCAGUUGAUGGUAGUGAUCAGGCAGACAAGGCAUUUAAAUGGUAUUGUGAUAAUGUGUAUCGAGCAGGAGACCAUGUUAUUGUUGUAUUUGGAGCAGAAUACAAGGUUUCCUUCAUGCCUGGACAGGUGUCUGAGUCCAGGCUGAAGGAGAUUCAGGACGAAAUGUCCAAAGAGCACCAGAGAGUAGAGGCCUUGACCAAUAAAUACAUCUCUCAGCUCAGAGAAAGAAGUAUCAAAGGGGAGGCAACUCCCAUCACUGGAAAGAAACCAGAAGAAGCCAUCAUUUCCAAAGCUGAAGAGGUCGGAGCUGCAAUGAUCGUCAUGGGAACCCGGGGCCUGGGAACAAUUCGCCGUACCUUGAUGGGCAGUGUCAGCGAUUAUAUUGUACACCAUGCUAGGAUACCUGUGAUCGUGGUCCGGGAUUCAUGAUUAUAUUCCUAGGAUUUACUGAAUUAAACACAUGAUGCCGCAAUAAUUCUUCAAAAGUUUCUUUUCACACUUAGGAGCUUUUAAUUUUCUGUUUCAUCAAUGUCAGUUUUUUUUUUUUUAAUUGUUGUUUGUUAGUGUUCACGUUUUUUUUUUUUUCUUCAGUAGUGCAAUUAACAAGUAAGAGAUUUUGCAAAGGUUGCUUGCUAUUGAAUAGUGCUAGGAGCCAAAAUGAUUUACAAAGUCAUAGUUACUAAUGAAAUUGAUGUGGAAUAUGUAGAAAGAUUAUUAUAGACAUUAUUGAACAGCAAUUUAGAUUGUCUUGGAGACAUUUUUUUUUUAUUUUCUAUAAAUAGUAUUCAAUUUUUUUUAAGAUGUUGAAUGACAUAAUUUCUGCAUAUAUAGUAAUUGACAUUCUAACUGCUGUAGAUACUUAUAUAUGAUACAUACUUAACAAAACCAAAAAAAACUUUUUAAUUUAAAAAAUAUAUACAUUUACAUUCUAAAAACUUUGUUUUCAAAUAGAAUUUAUUACUUUUAUAGGACUAUAUCUCAGACCUCAUACUGUUUUUAUUUUCAUUGAUUGAAAGCUACUUACAAGAAUUAGAGGUGUGGUCUUCAAAUAAAACAGAAAUCUGAGUCAGAUGAAAGCUUUCCUGGUUGUUAGCCGUACUGUUAAUGGAAGAAAAAAUAAGGACAUGCCAGUAGUAUCAAGUGAAAGUAUACCUAGAUUUCUUGAGGUUUUUUUUUUUGAAGACUGCAUUUAUUUAUCACCUUGUUCACAUAUUUAACCGAGAUUUUCAUUGUUUGUCCAAACAAGAGAUAUCAGGAAUUUUUUGAGAAUUUUUUUUUUUUUUUUUUGCUCUCUCUGGUCAUUUUUCACAUUUAUUGAGUGACCUUUGUGUAAAGAUUUUUAUAAACACCCAUCACUUGAGUGGUACCAUUGAGAUCCUUUUAUACUUGUCAAGUUUUCAUACUUGUAUGCCUGUAGAAUAACUUAGAAAUGAGGAUGUAUUUACAACGAUUUUUUUGUCUGAUUUUGACAUAGGACCUCUACUGAAUUACGUAGAAUGAACUUGUACAUCUUAAAGUAAUUUCUGUAGACAAGUAGUAUGUUUAACGGUGAAUAAGAACUCUAGCUGUAUUCUUUACAAUUCUUUACACAGAGAAUCUCAAUCCAGAACACAAUCUUGUGUAUAAAGUAGUAGGUGAUAGUCAAUAAAAUUAUUUCCUAAA